GUUUCACGCGAUUUAAAGAGAAUGCAAAUAAUACAGAAUGUGAUAAGAUUACAACUGCUUUUAAUCAGGUGUAGGUAAAAGAUAAGCAUCACUCUUUUGGAGAAGUCAGUAAUAUUAGGUUCAAAGAUGCCAGCCUAUAGAUGGGUUAAUCGAAGUGCAGGGCAAACUUUGCCGGAAACCGCGGUCACCGGAGGUCGUGACAUAGAUGGGUCAACCAUCUACGUCGGCAGAGCUUUCCACAACGGUGACAUGAUUCCAGCGAAAGUAAUCCCCGACAAAAAUAUCGCCUAUGUCUGUCACAAUGGCGAAGAACACCAGAAACAUGAUUUCGAAGUUUUGUGCAAAGGAGAUUUCGAGUGGGAGUUUUCCUCCAACGGAGCAAUCCCAGGCGACGCGGUGAUCGCAGGACAGACCUCCGAUGGAGAACCUCUGUAUGUUGGCCGUGUUCUCCAUAAUGGAUCCCAAACAGUUGGCAAGGUUCAACCUAGCCACGGGUGCUUAUACAUCCCGUUCGACGGUGAGGAAUUGUCUUUCAAAGACUACGAAGUGCUCGUAAUUCAUUGAGUAUAAUAAAACUAAGGUUGCCAGUUGUUAUUAAUGGGAAUAGUAUUCUUAUCAUGACUAAUAUGACAUUUUUUUUGAAAUUGUGCACACUAAUCAUUUCUCAAAAUAAAUAAAUUAUUACCUGUU